AUGCAGCUCGCCGGGGCAGCGCUGCUGCUGUGCGCCGCUGUCGCCGCGGGAGCGGCCCCGGGACCCGGCCCCGCACCGGGUCCCGCCGCGGGGCGGCCCGGGGCCGAGCGGCGGACGGCGGCGGCGGGGGGCAGCAAGGAGCGGCGGGCGCAGUUCGCCUCCUGGGACGAGGUGAACGUGAUCGCCCACGGGCUGCUGCAGCUCGGCCACGGCCUGAAGGAGCACGUGGACCGCACCAAGGGGCAGAUGCGGGAGCUCGGCAGCCGCCUGAGCGCCCACAACAGCUCCAUGGGGCGGCUGCUGCGCCAGGCGCGGGAGGCGCAGGAGCGGGGCGAGAGGCUGCGGGCCAGCGUGCGGGAGCUGGAGGGCCGCGGCCGGCAGCUCCUCAACCUCUCCGAGGCUCUGCGGCAGCGCCUGGAGGAGGUGGCGGCCGACAAAGCCGAGAUCCAGGGGCGGCUGGAGCAGCUGGAGGGCCGCGUGCGGCAGGCGCUGCAGGCGCGGCCGGCCGACAACCAGAGCGGGAAGGACCUGGGAGCGCUGCAGUCCCUGAUGGAUGCGCAGAACUUGCGAAUCGAGGAGCUCUUGCAGAAGAUCAAGCAGCAGCAGUACAAGCUGGACAAGCAGAAUCUGCAGAUUAAAAGCCUGCAGAGCAAGGUCAACCUGCUGAUCCCCUUACACCUGAAGGACAAUAAAACGCAGUCUCCGAAGUGGAAGAUAAACCUGAAGAAGAGCCUCAGCCUCACCAACCAGAGCCAGAACGCUAGCGGGGAGCCUGUGCUGACGCAGAAGCUCCCGGAGGAUUGCCACCAGCUCUUCCUGGCCGGGCAGCAAAGCAGUGGUGUUUUCCAGGUGCAGCCUGCAGGGUCUCAGCCCUUCAAAGUCUUCUGUGACAUGACCGCAGAAGGUGGCUGGACAGUGAUCCAGAGGCGCACAGAUGGCUCUGUGGACUUCGACCAGCUUUGGGAUGCCUACAAGAAUGGCUUUGGAGACCUUCGUGGUGACUUCUGGCUGGGCCUGGAGAAGAUACAUCACCUUGUCCAAGAGGGAAGAUACGAUCUCCUGAUUGAGCUGGAAGACUGGGAGGGAAAUUCCCAGGUGGUUCAGUUUGUCUUCAGCCUUGGUGGUGAGAGCACAGCCUACACGCUCAACCUGCUAGGACCUCUGUCUGGUGAGCUGGAAAACGCCAUCGGGGACUUCAGGCAGCUGCCCUUCUCCACUCGGGAUCGUGACCACGACCUCAAAGCCGACACAAACUGUGCCAAACACCUCUCAGGUGGCUGGUGGUUCAGCACCUGCGGCCAUGCCAACCUCAACGGGAAGUACUUCCGCUCCAUCCCCCGCCAGAGGCACGAGCGCAAGCAGGGCAUCUUCUGGAAGACAUGGAAAGGCAGGUAUUACCCGCUGAAGUCAACCACCAUGAAAAUCCAACCCGCAGCACUGGAAGCAGAGCCCUAAAGCUGCCACUUGAGACUUGACCUUCUCCGCGGAGCACGAACCUGAGCUCCAUCACUUGGUGUUUACA